AUGCUUCUUUCAAAUUCAAAAAUUGAUUAUUCAACAGUUCGCCGCAUGCCAACAGUUAAAUUGAGUGGACAAACACAAGGUUCGACAAUGCCAACAUCGACAUCAUUGCAAGAUAUCAACGCUCAUACACAAAAGUUUGCCUGGAAUAGUUCAACUGAAAAGGAUGAUCGCCUCGUUCAUUUCUCCGACCAAUUAUUAUCAGCAAACAGUGUUCGACGAUUGAGUACAUCGCAAAGUGAUGAACGAAUCUUUGAACACCCGGAAGUGACCAUAAAACCAUCGGCACUUGACGACGAAAUUCAAAAGCGUUUAUUGACUAUGAAACCAUCGAAUACUAAUGAGAAUCUGAUUGAACGCGAUGGAGGUAGAAGUGCACCGAAUAUUCUCGAACAUCCUGACAUGCGUGCACCUGUCGUUAUGUUAUCUCAACAAUUGUCAUCAUCUUCAACGUCAUCAUUGAUUCAAUGUGACUUAAAACGUGUGACGCGUACACAAUCUGCUGAACCUCCAUCAACAACAACGUGCACAAUAUCACCAGCACGUAACGAUGUCAAAUUUUAUCUAGACGAUAGGGAUAAUUCCAAACGAUCAACAUCACCCGGUGAUACAAAAAAGAAUUCGAAUUCAGAGAAGAAUGAAAAUCUAGUAUCAUUGACCAAAGUUUCUGUUUGUGAACCUGAAGAAGGAAGCUCAAAAUCAGAUGUUCAUCUACUUAGUGCGAGAAAGAACGAAUCCUGGUGA